AGGAAACGAGCAGUAGAAGGCACUUUGCUGCCUCUGGGCUCCGUCGAGGAGAUUUUAUACCGUUUUUAUUUGUUUUUGUAAUAAAUUGUUAUCGUGUUCCACAGAAACUUUUAAUAUUUUGAUACACUGCUUUUAACAUUUUCUAACAAUAAACCCUUGCACGGAUUGGCUGUGGCUUGCUAGCUUGGAAACACUAGAUUUUUCCUCUCCUUAUAACAAAGGCUGCUCAUGAGCCAGCGAAGACACUGAACAAAAUCAUAAUAACACGGUAUUUUAAAAAGUAUUAUCCAGUGUAGUAAUUACCGAUGCAUUGUCUUCCCUGUAUUUAAAAGCGACUGGUCUAAGUUAAACGCUGAAGAGAGAGAGCAUAGCCCACGUUAACGGUAGCCAGCCUCGGGAAAGAGAAUGACGGAUGUUCAACUGAUAAAUAUCCAACUGUUAUUGGAGGCUGCGGAAUAUCUAGAAAGGAGAGAAAGAGAGUGUGAACACGGAUAUGCUUCGACAUUUCCGUCAAAUCAGAACACAAACUACCAGAGGCAAAGAAAAUUCCGAAAUAAGAAGUUCAGCAGUAACCACAAUAGGUCCACACACAAUGAGCUGGAGAAGAACAGACGAGCUCACCUGCGGCUGUGUCUAGAGCGAUUGAAGGCCCUCAUACCCUUGGGACCUGACUGCAACCGUCACACCACGUUUGGCCUCCCGAACAAAACCAAAGCACACAUAAAGAAACUUGAAGAGGUGGACAGGAAGAGCCAGUACCAGCUGGAGUCUCUUGAGCGUGAGCAGAGGCACCUCCAGCGCCAGCUGGAGCUGCUGAGUGGAGACAGCGGUGCUGUAGCCCAGAGCAUUCCAGGAGAGGGAGAAAGGAUACGCAUGGACAGUGUGGGCUCCACUCUUGGCUCCGACCGCUCUGACUCGGACCAAGAGGAGAUCGAGGUGGACGUGGAAAGCACAGAGUUCUCCCAUGGAGAGCUGGACAGUGUGAGCACCGCCAGCACCAGCGACCUGGACGACCACAGCAGCCUGCAGAGCAUGGCCAGUGACGAGGGCUACUCCUCCUGCAGUGUCAAACUUGCCUUCCCCUCUUAGAGCCCCACACCACCCCGCUACCACCUCCCAGCCAAGCCCACCUGUCCUCCCAUCUGUUUAUUCAUCCAGCCACACCUGCAUACAUACUCCCAGUCACCUCUGACAACGGCCACUCCCCCAGCCAAUGGUGUUACCAUCACUCCUGCUCCUGACCUUUUAGUUGCCCCCCUCUUCUCCUGCGCUGCUGAGCCCACUGUUGGGGAAUCUUCAGUGAGAGCUCUCCCACCCCACCCCAGCCAGCACUGACACCGACCCAGACUCAGUGAUAUGAGACUGCCAGUUGGUCCUACACUUCUUUUAAAUUAAGUUCAGAUGAAAAAUUAUAUCAUAUUAAUUCAUGAACCCACACAAGUGAUUUUACUUCUCUUAUUUCCUCAAGCCAUCAGAUAUCUGAAUAUUUUUCAAAAUACACAACCCCUGAUUUGAUCCAAAAUGCACUUAAAUUCAUAUAAUAUUAAAAUUAUUGUGUGUGUGUGUGUGUGUGUGUGUGUGUGUGGGUGGGUGUGUGUUGAGCUGAUCCUGUGUAUCACGUUCCGGUGUUGGGCCUAUUUAAACGGGAGCACAUCUAAUCUGGACUUCAGUGAACACUGUGUGUGAACUUUGUCAUAUCAACAUAGCUUGGCCCUGAAAAUCUCUCUCCAGUCCUGAAUUUAAUCCUUGUCUUAUCUGUUUUUUUUUCUUUUUCACGACCUCUGCUUGACACCAGCGAGGCUCAGACACUCAGAUUGGUGCUAUUUCCAACCAAGCAUGGAGGAAACCCCCCCACCCACCACCACCACCAAAAAAAUGGAGGGGAAAAAGAACAUUCCUGUCGAAUAUGGGUGCUCGGUGCAUUUUCGGACAGUGGAAAUUGUAACUCGUGUGUUUUUUUUUGUUGGUUUCUUCCCCCUCAACAAGCAGCUACAACAAGCUAUCCUGCACUUGCCUACUUUAGAGCUGUCAAUAGAAGCAGCACAAACUAAGAAGUAGAAAAAAAACAGCAACAAGGAAAAAGUCCAGACAACAACAGCAAACUUUGGAAUAGUUGUCCAUCCUCUUUCCAGCAGUAACAAGCAAUAACUCUUUUAGUCGUUUGUCUCGUCAGUUUAAACUCCUUUUUGUUUUUGUUUUCCUUCUUCUCCCUUAAGACACGUGUGUGGCUGUCUAAAUAAAAAGCAGAUUUCUUUUUUUUGUAUAUAAAAAUAGCUUAAUAAAUUAAACUUUAAAACAGAGUUUUAAAAAGGGUAGAGCUCAUGGACAGAACUGUUGCUUCUGUUGCUGUUUGACCUGUGUUUAUAGUGCAUUUUAAAUUCCAUUUUGGAAAGAUAUGGUCCUGCUCACAGUGGAAGCGCAUGUGGCACAGACACUAUUUUGUUCAGAUUUACUAGUGCAAGCAUUCAAAACGUGCUCAUUCUUACGCUCCCCUGAGUAGAAGAGAGGUUGCUCUUCAACUUGAGUAAAAUGACAGAGCAGCCUCCCAGAAGCAGCGGGACUCCUGCUGGAGA